AUCCGGACGCGGCACAUCAUCGUACAUACUUCCAUCCAACCGUCCGAUUCCAAAGAUAUAUCCGCUGAGAAUGGUCAAUUCACCGCAAUUCCUGACCAGCAAAUACCUUCAUUAAGUAGUUAAUUACUACCAUAUCCCCUUCCAGGCUUCCACCCUUCGCACAUAAACUAUCUUUGCUUCUCUUGCGUUCCGUUCCUUCUCAGCAAUCUCUAUGAGAAAUUCGAUCUCUGCUGUUCUUAUUUAUUGUUCGAAUAUCCUUCUUAACCGAUCGCAUUGGAUACUGCGAUAGGAUUUGAGUUCGAUCAGAUCAAGGCUAUUCCUUCUGUUUGCUGUUAGUCGGAAUUGAGGGUUUAUAGUUGUUGACUGCUUGAGUUCCAGAAAAUGUCAGGGGCAGUUUGGCAGUCUAGGCGGGUGGGCGUGGUGGAUCGGUUCAAUGGUGCAGCGAGGGUGCGGCGAACCCAGCACUACGUUCCUCGCGCAGCGGCUGUUUCUCUGUCUUCCACGAUUAGCGAGCCGCACGGCAAAGCCGAGGAGACUGCCGGUGAGUCUGCUACGGAGGCAUUUGGCCGACAAACGACUAAUCCCAGUAACUUGGAAAGGUUCAUGGAAGCGACGACGCCGAGCGUUCCUGCUCAUUAUCUCUCAAAGAAACUGAGGGAUUGGAGGACGUGCGAUGAGGAGUGUAGAACAUACUUUAAGCUGGAGGAUUUGUGGGAAUCCUUCAAGGAAUGGAGUGCCUACGGCUUGGGGGUCCCUCUUAUGCUUAAUGGAAAGGAUUCUGUUGUUCAGUAUUAUGUACCCUACCUUUCCGGCAUCCAGUUGUAUGCGGAUUCUAGUUCUCAGUCGCUGGGUCCCAGGAAACCAGCUGGAGGAGGUGAUGCUGACUCUUUUAGAGACAUUAGCAGCGAUGGAAGCAGUGACUCUGAAAUGGAAAAUGAAUCUAAAUAUUCAGGGAAUCGGUCUAAACACUGUAUUUCACGCCAUUACAUGAUUGGGAUGAACAAACUCUCCUCAGAUGGUAAACAUAGAAACUUGCGAAAUGAGUUUUCUAGUGAUGACAGUAGUGAUUGUGGAGAUUCUCAAGGCGCGCUCAUCUUUGAAUACCUUGAGAAUGACCGUCCAUAUUUUCGAAACAUUCAGUUUGACUAUAAGAGCCAAUUCAACAUAAGGAGCACCUUGUCUUCAUCCCCAUCAUCUUCCUCUUGA